GCAAAUAUUCCCGAAUCAGCAACUCCGGGACAUGUUGGGUUUGAUCAAGCUGUUGUUAAGGAGCUCAUUGCUAGAAUGAUAAUGGUCCAUGAGUACUCAUUUAGAAUGGUUGAGCAUGAAUGGUUCAACAUUGUUUUGAAGUACUUGAAUCCACUCUAUACAUCCAUGGGAAGGAAGGCAAUCCGAGCUGAGUGCAUGAGGGUCUACAAGAAAGAAAAGGAGAAGCUUAAAAUAUCACUCCAGGAGGUGGACUACAUUAUUCUCACUACAGAUUUGUGGACUAGCAAUCAGACCAUAGCCUAUAUGUGUGUUGUGGCACACUAUAUAGAUGUCGAUUGGAAGAUGCAAACCCAUGUGCUUGCUUUCAUGGAGCUGGAUCCACCACACUCUGGACACGUGAUUGCUGAUGCAAUUUAGGACUGCCUGACUGAUUGGAAGAUAGAGAACAAGGUGAUUUCCAUCACACUUGACAAUGCAUCAAACAAUGAUUAUGCAGUUAGAGAUUUGAAGGCCAAGUUCAAUUUUCGGCGUUGCAAACAGUAUGAGGAGGUUUAUUUCCAUGUCCGGUGUUGUGCACAUAUCGUCAACUUGGUGGUGCAAGACGGGACAGCAUGCAUGACUACUUUGAUAACAAAUCUGAGGGAGACGGUGAAGUACUUCAAGAAGUUAACUAGUCGCUUGCACAAGUUUGUGGAGAUUUGUCGGGGUUUGGCUCUCACUAUAGGUGCUCACUUGACCCUAGAUAUUUGCACAAGGUGGAGUUCAACCUACAAGAUGAUAGCUACUGGCAAACCAUAUAGAGAGGCAUUGAAAGAUUAUGCCAAAUCCGAUCUCAACUACAAGUUGGAACCUACAAGUGAAGAAUGGAAGAUGUAUGAGCUGAUUGAGCCACUCCUCUAUGCGUUUGCUCAAGUAACUACUGCCUUUUCAGCACAAUCCUAUCCCACGGCAAACAUAUUCUACCGUCACAUUAUGAGAAUCAAGAUUGAGUUGAGAAAAGCCAUUGCUCAUAGUAACCCACUUUACAGAGCCAUGGGAUAAGCUAUGAUGGAGAAGUUCAACAAAUAUUGGGAGGAAAAGAACAAUGUCAUGGUGCUUGCUACUAUCCUUGUUCCAAGGUACAAGAUGUUCUAUGUAGAGUGGGCCUUCAAAGAACUAUAUGAUGAAAACACGGCUUUGGAUGAGUUGGCUGAUGUGCAUUUGGAGUUGGAAGAUUUGUUUGACAAGUUUGAUACCGCAAAGAAGAUGGCCGAGAAAUCAUCCACAAGCUCCAACAUUUGCAUUACUAGUAGCUCAAUGCCCGCGUCGGAUAGUGCCUUCCAAGCUCACCGAAGAAACACCACAACAAAAUCAUCAAAAAGUGAACUAAGGAACUACCUAGAAGAUGCACUUGAGGAACCAAAUCCCAAAUUCAUCUUGCUUGAUUGGUGGAAAGUGAAUUCCCUUAGGUACCCGGUGUUGGCAAAGAUGGCAAGGCGUUUCUUGACUAUACCGGCUAGUUCCGUGUCUUCGGAAUCAACUUUUAGCACCGGUGAAAGGGUUCUAGAUGACUAUCGUAGUUCUCUAAAACCGGCUAUGGUGGAGGCAUUGGUGUGUGGUGCAAGUUAUAUUAAGGGCUCACAUAGUGACUUGAAUGUGAUGGAGAAGGAGGAAGAUGAUGAGGAAAAUGUGGAGACAGUCAAGUUGCCUAAGAGUGCGACGAAUAUCAACUAUUGACUAUCGUGUCAUGUGGAUGUUACUACAAUGGAGUUGGAGAAUGGACAAGGAUGAUGCUCUUGCUACAAUUUGAACUUUCUCUUAUUUUGGUUGGGUUGGACCUUGAAAACUAAGAGAGUGGAUGUUACUCCAUUUUAUUUGUGUUUGAACUUGGAACCUAAGUUGUAACCGUUGUCAAUGUCAACUAUUAUCUAAGACACUAUUAUCUA